GUUCCUGAGGGCACAUCUCCCUCUGCAACCCCUAUUAUAUUUUGUGCCAUGACCAUCUGUCUGCCUGACCUAAUCCUCCCCCCGCUUCCCCCUUCACGGGUUACGCUGCAACUGUGUGUACGACAGGUACGACAGGGGACCAAAUGACAGUGUGAUCUUUCCAACUAAACACAGCUCCCUGUUGCUUAAGAGUUGCUGGUCAUUUCUACCACUUCUUUCUUAUUCUGUUGUCAUAAAUACCAACCGACUUCCCCUACCUCUCCUUCCUCUUGCAAUUGUAUCUGCUUCAACGCUCCUCAUCUUACAUUUCUCACUUCUCCUUUCACCAUUCCUGUGUCGCUCCUUCAUUUUUCUACCCCACAAUGUCUGGUCUUACCGCAGAAGAGAUGGCCUUUGAAGCCAUGAUCGAAUCCCGCCUUGAACACAUCUCUUCCCGCCUCAAUGCCCUCACCCAGGCCACACAGCACCUCUUUUCCGAGACACAAGACCUCCACAACACCUUCCAGGCAAAAGCCCACCGCAUGUAUGCCAUUGAAGACAACCUCCUCCGUCUCCAGGGCAAACCUGGUCUCUCGAACCUUCUUCUCGUCAAUGGUGCGCAGCCUCGACGCGGCAACUACAAGAGCAUCGGAAGUGGUGAGAUUGAGGAGAUCAAGAUGGGUGUCAAGACGCUCAGGAGGAAAUUCCAGGCGGCCGGGAAUGUGGUCUCGACGGUCGGUUGGUGGAGGCAUUUGAAGGAUAAGGCCGCGGCGAGUGCGUCAGGCGUGCCCCUCGAAAUUACAGCGACUCCUGUGGUGAAGUCAGAAGAAGAUGCUGUCAAGACCAAGACGAGUGAUACCAAGAGCGACCUGGUGGCCAAGCUGUCCAUCGAUACUUCGUUACCUGCUCAACCUCAGCAGGUCCUAACCCCGUCAGCAGACACAGCACCCACUUCGCACACUCUCACCAAGCCUGCAAUAAUCUCACCAAAGACAAUGCUGUCGCCUACCUCGUCCUCCACAAAGAAGCGCAACACGCUGAAUCUCCAGCAGAUCUUUACUCCUCCACCUUCGGCCACAGCAAAGCAGCUUCACCAACACUAUGUCAGCUCUCCAAGUUCGCAGCGCGCUCAUCCUUCCUUGGGCCUGUACUCACCUCCCAUGUCUCCCAAUGCUGUGCCGUCGGCAACCAAUACAAACAGUCUCAUGCAAGGUCUCAGCCUGCGCUCCUGAACUACUCAAGUUAUCUAGACGUUCCUUUCCAGCCCUGUUUCUCCCGUACGAUAAUGUCAUAAAUAAAGGCCGGUUAACGGACCAACAC